AUGCAUACCCAAAUGAAUAUAUUCAAAUUCUCUCUGAUAUUCAUAGGUUUUUAUUAAAAGAAAGCUAAGAAAACAAAAAAAUGUCUAAAUUAAUACAAAUUAAUUAUUUCUUAAAUCAAUUCAUUUCUUAGAAUCCUUGAAACAGAAGGAUCAACUUAAAGAGCCUAAAUCUUUGAAAUUUAGCCAUUUAUUGUAGUCAGGCAAGUUGUUAACCUUAAUAAUAUCCAAACAUUGUUAAAGAAUUAAUAAGAACCUACAAUGAUAACUUGAG